CGCUUGCUCCUCUGAGAGGCCUCAUUCCUGCUGGGGCUCCCAGCCACCCAUGGCUUCACUUGUGUCCCCUGUGCUCCAGGCAAGCUCUGAGUGAGGUGACGGCGGCACUGCGGGAACGCCUGCAUCGUUGGCAGCAGAUUGAGAUCCUCUGUGGCUUCCAGAUUGUCAACAACCCCGGCAUCCACUCCCUGGUGGCUGCUCUCAACAUAGACCCCAGCUGGAUGGGCAGUACACGCCCCAACCCCGCCCACUUCAUCAUGACGGAUGACGUGGAUGACUUGGAUGAGGAGAUUGUGUCACCCUUGUCCAUGCAAUAUGCUGCCUGGCUGAUGGGGCGUAGGUUCAGUGACCGCUCUCUCUGCUCAACAUCCGCCGGCUCGGAUGAUCAGUCCCUCUGGAAAUACCCGGCUCCCACCCUGCAGUGCAGUGUCCGGCAGCGCCUGACGGAGCCACAGCAUGGCCUGGGAUCUCAGAGGGAUUUGACCCUUUCCGAUUCGGAGUCCUCCCUCCACAUGAGUGACCGCCAGCGUGUGGCCCCCAAGCCUCCUCAGAUGGUCCGUGCUGCAGACGAGGCCCUCGGUGCCAUGACUUCCAAUGGCAGCCACCGGCUGAUUGAGGGGGUCCACCCCGGGUCUUUGGUGGAGAAACUGCCCGACAGCCCUGCCCUGGCCAAGAAGGCACUCCUGGCGCUGAACCAUGGGCUGGACAAGGCCCACAGCCUGAUGGAGCUGAGCCCCUCAGCCCCACCUGGUGGCUCUCCACCUUUGGAUUCUUCCCGUUCUCACAGCUCCAGUUCCCCAGACCCAGACACGCCAUCUCCAGUUGGGGACAGCCGAGCCCUGCAGGCUAGCCGAAAUACACGCAUUCCCCAUCUGGCUGGCAAGAAGGCUGUGGCUGAGGAGGAUAAUGGCUCCAUUGGCGAGGAGACAGACUCCAGCCCAGGCCGGAAGAAGUUUCCCCUCAAAAUCUUUAAGAAGCCUCUUAAGAAGUAGGCAGGAUGAGAGUGGCAGUGGCGGGACAGCUUGUCCUUCCCUGGUCUUCUGCCUCCCCUUCCUCCCCUUCCAAGACACCUGGCCCCUCGAGUGGGGGCCUGGGAGGGGCUGGCCCAGGGGCCUGGGCACUGUACAUACCUGCCCCCCUCAUCCUUGGGUCCUUCAACAUUAUUUAUUAACUGACCACCAUGGCCUGCCUGCCCUGCCUUUCUCCCAGCCAUGGGCUGCGGCUGCCACCCCCUCUCUACUUCAGUGCAUGUCUUAGUUGCUGUCCCCUCAGCUCCCACCUCCACCUCUGGGGUCCAGCUUCUGUCUCUGCUGUCCCAGUUUUGAAGUUUGGUUUCUUGUUUCUCUGUUUCCUGCUUUCAGGCUCCUCCCUCGCACCACUCCCCAACUUCCCCUAGCAGCUAGGCGGGGGAAGAUAGGAGUAACUUCCGACAUCUGUGCCUCAGACCUGUUCCACCCCACCCACGAUGGUUCUGUUUGCCUCAGAUUGGGGCCGAGGGCCUAAUAUUUGAGGUUUGUUCUUUUUUGUGUGUGGUGGGCCAGAAGGAGACUUGGUCUGGAGCUUGCUUGAGCCUCCAGGGGUUCAUGGGGGAGUGGAACACAUUCCUAGAGAACAAGCUACUAGAGAAUUUUGAAGAGAGGCUAGGCUAGGGGGUAGGUUGAGAGAGACUCCUCUUAGUUGGGGGAUGAGUAGAUGCCAGAGUUGUGGGCUACAGGGCAGUCACCUUUUCUCUCUUCUCUCACCUACACCUGCCUCUUUCUUAUCCUUGCUCCCCCACACUGCAGGAGGGUUUGACUGUAAGAGGUGCUGCCCAAAUGCUCCCCAAGCAUCAGAACUGCUGGAGCUCAGACAAAUGGCUUCCCUGGCCAUGGGAGCCUCAGCCAUGAUACAGGGCUCUAAUGGGGCCCUGGAGCUGUUGGGCAGGAUAUUGUUGCAUUUGAACCAAAAAACAUUUUUAAAUUGAAAAAAGAAAUCUCCUGAAUUUCCCAAGUGCCUGCACCACAUACUCCCCUUGUCAGACCCCAUUUUCAUGUUACUGCAUAGCUUGGGCCAGAGGCUCAAAAAGGACACAGCUGGUUUAGGGAAGGGGGUGGCUGAGGAAGACCGUAUAGGUGAAGGCAGCUGUGUGACCUCUUCCCCCACACCCUUCCCACCCUCUAGACAACUCUCUCCCUUACCUGUUUUUGCUAUGGCUGUAAAGGUAUUUUCCUUUUGCCCCACUCCUUCCCAUGCCUUUACUCUGGGAUCCUAUUUGGGGCCUGGGGUGCAGGCACCUGGGGCUGGUCUUAGGAGGGUGCUAGGCUGCAGACUGCCUUGUACCCCCUGGACACCCUCACAUGGUUUUUCUGUGUUAUUUCAUAAGACUCUUUGAAGUCCAAUAAAGCAUGUAGGAGAUUUUAACCUC